AUGUGUUGGAGGAGUACAUGGAGGAAGAAGAGUGAAAGUGUCGAAAUCAUAGCGCAACCCGAAAAUUCGAAGGCACAAAAACUAAAAGUGGACGAAUUUUCAAUUCCAGUAAAAAUGUCUCCAGUAGCAGUUAUACACACAUCUUUUCCUAAAAAAGAUGCCGAUGAAUUGCCACGAGUAAAAGUAGUAGAAAUUGAAAAUAGAGGCAGUUCAAAAAUCAAUAAAGGAAUUAAAAGCAUAGUCUCAGAACUGAACACAUUGAAAGAUGUGCCUCAGUCAAUGCCAAUUGUUGACGUACAACACGACAAAACAAAGAAUGACAAGUUUUUUGCCAGUGCCGAACUAUUAUAG